AUGGCUUUCUCAUUUACACUGACUGGUAAUUCUUCAAUUUUAAGUUAUGAUUUGAACCCUGCAAUUUAUUUGGAAGAGAAUAUUGAUUAUGAAAUAGGGUUAGUUAGUUUUAACAGUUUUAACACAAUUCCAAAUAUUGAUGAAAGCAAUAAUUUAUUUGUAUGGGGUGACAGAAAGAAACUUAAUACAUUUAAAGUACAAGUUGGUGCUUAUGAAUUGGAAGAACUCAUACAUGUUUUAAAAAAACAUAUGCAUAACGUAGAUGAAAAUGCUCAAAUAGAUAUCAUUCCAGACAUUAAUACAUCAAACAUUUCUAUAUCAAGUAAUCGUAUUAUUUCUUUUAAUAACCCUAAUUCGAUUGCAAAAGUAUUUGGUUUCGAUAGCAAAAGGCUUGACCCAGGUAAAACUUAUACAUCAAAUCAUCCCAUUAAAAUUUUAAAGGUAAAUUCUAUAGGUAUUGACUGUAGUAUUGCUGCUGGUUCAUAUUUAAAUGGAAAACCGGUUCAUAUUAUACAUCAAUUUUUUCCGACUGUUCCCAGUGGGUAUAAAAUAGUGGAGUCACCUCAAAAUAUUUUAUAUUAUCCCGUAAGCGUCAAGACGAUCAACAACCUUACUGUUAAAAUUAUUGAUCAAACCGGAGAUCUGAUAAAUUUUCGAGAAGAAGAGAUUACGGUUACUCUUCAUAUUAGAAAAGUAUAA